AUAUUUAUAUUGUUCAAUUAUAAUGAUAUAUAUAUAUAUUUUUUUUUAUUUUAUCUCGACUUUAAUUAGUGUGGAUUAUAUAGACCCUUCCUCGCUGUUUUUCUUAUUACAGAUUCACAGAACUAAUACAUAUUUACAUAUUUGUACAUAAUUCACAGUCCAUUUAAAGCAUGAGUAAUGCCUGUUUUAUCUGUGAUCGAGCCCAUAUUUGUUGUGCUGCCACUAGACAAUGCCCUACUAAUCAAGCUACACAAUUCACAAAUUUUAGCACUGAUAAAAGCACACAAUGCAUUAUGUAUUACAUUCAGCAAUGUUUCAGUGAAAUCUCUUAAGGAUCAUUUUCAGGAAAGAAACAAAUGACCUAUCCACCUUAUAGUAAGUCAAGAAGAACUUCCAGACUCUACAUUCACUUCCACUGAUUUUUGUUUUGUCAUAAAAACACUGGUUUGUAGCACAAGUUAUUGCCAUUUAUCCUAGUCAUUUACCUAGAGGCAAAUGAAUUAAAUGUCCUAGGACACAGAAAAGAGUUUGAGGACAUUUUGUUACACACUCACUACAGACUGAUGGCCAUUUUUGUGUUUCCAGUGAAUUUGUCUCAUCCCAGGACUCUGCAGCAGACUGUGGUUCCAGUGGUAAUUAAUUCAGAUUGUAAUAAUCUGCUUGGUGCCACCAUUACAGACAACAUGAUGUGCGCUGGUUUAUUGCAGGGCGGAAAAGACACCUGCCAGGGUGACUCUGGUGGUCCGAUGGUCAGUCAGCAGUGUUCAGUGUGGGUUCAGUCUGGAAUCAUCAGUAAAGGUCAUGACUGUGGUCAGCCCUAUGAGCCUGGAGUUUACACACGCGUAUCACAGUAUCAGAACUGGAUCAUGAGCUCCAUCAACCAGAACCUUCCAGGAUUUAUCACUUUCAACCCUCUGAACUCAUGCUUCUCUGUCAGCCAAAGUACACAUCUAUAAAAAUAACAUGUUGAUGCCCAUCCUCCCCAAAAGCACACUUGCUGGACAAAUGCAUGUUUACGUACAUAAUUUGUGUAGCUCUAUUUAUUUUUUAAUAAGGUUGAGAUGUGAUAACAUAAAAUCACACAAACCUGCACUACUUUCACAGAGUGUUGUUUUAUAAGUUAUGCAAAGCAGUGUUCAGUGUGGGUUCAGCGUUGUCAGCUAUGGUUAAAUAUGUAAAAACCCCAAUAUUCCUGAUGUCUUCGUCCGGUUCUCAGAGAUUAAACAAUGGAUUACAGCCACUGUUGGUGUAAACCUGCCUGGUUUUGUCCACUUUGACCAAAGAUGUUCUCUUCGCAGUAAGAUUCCACGCCUCUCUUGCCUAAACAUACAGUAUACAGCAACACACGCCUCUUUGACUAAUGUGUGUCUGCGUUUUGUGUAGAUAUUCUCAAUAAAACAGAGGUAAAGUUGGUUUUAUAUUCAGACAUUCUCCUUAAUAAUAUAAUUUCAGAAAAGUAUUCUUUGUAAAUUCUAUAUAGGGAAAUGAUAUAAGCAGUAAAUGACUAUCAAAGUACAACAUUGUUUACAGUGAAUUAGAUAGGGUUAAUGUUGUUUUGAAGUCAUACUUGCAUAAUUCCGAUUGGAUAUUCAAAGUAACAUGGUAAACAACAGAGACUGCUACUCAAUUUUAACUUACUUUACUCAGUCUCUCUGUCUUAUUUGCUUAACUUGUUUUUGUUUGUCUUUAGGUUAAUGUGCUUCAACUUCACAGCAUGUCUGGACCGUGGGGGAAACCGGAGCACCCAGAGGAAACCCACGUGAGUGCAGGGAGAACAU